UCAGACAAUUUUCCAUUUUCUCGCACCAACCGAAACCUCGAAUUUGUGACUUUUCGCGACAACACACGACCUCAUUUCGACAACGGUACUCACGACAAACCUUCAAGAUGUCGUCCGGAAAAGUCAAGGCUGGCCAACUCUGGUCCAAGAGCAAGGAGGACCUCACCAAGCAGCUGGGAGAGCUGAAGACCGAGCUUGGUCAAUUGCGCACACAGAAGAUUGCCGGAGGUUCAUCCGCCAAGCUCACCAAGAUCCAUGAUCUCCGAAAGUCGAUCGCCCGCGUCCUCACAGUCAUCAACGCCAACCAGCGAUCGCAACUCCGCCUCUUCUACAAGGGCAAGAAGUACCUCCCUCUCGACCUCCGACCCAAGCAGACCCGCGCCAUUCGACGACGCCUGACGAAGCACGAGAGCGGGAAGCAGCUGGAGAAGACGAAGAAGCGCGCGGUCCACUUCCCCCAGCGGAAGUAUGCUGUUAAGGCUUAGAUUUGAGAAGAUCGCAGGCUGGCGUGGUUCGGGAUGAUUUGUGGCAUGGCUCUUUCGCAAAACGGCUGGAUGCUUUUUUCAACGGCCGGUGUAUCAUCGAGGAUAUAGCGUGGCGGGGCAUGGCGCCUACUCAAAUAUAAAGAGCGGCAUUGAACAAAUACCCUACCCAUAUUUGUGCUCUCUCCCUCCCUUGCUACGCAUAACUUCGGAAAUUCUUUACCGCCGCCGCACACCGGAAUGAUAUGAAUGAAUGAGUG